AUGGAGGAAGGGAAUGCUAAGGUUACGGCCGAUGCAGCAGAAUUACCAAAAACUCAACCUGAUUUACCGAAAAAGGCAAAUACUGUUGUAAAAACUUUGCAAACUCUUUCUGCAAAUCCCGUCGAAGAACCGAAAACUCCUACAACGCCUCCAUUAGCUAAAAUUAACGGAUCGUCAGAAAAAUUAGAUCUCGAUAAAAAACCUGAUGAACCAGAAAUUCAUAUAUCGUCUACCACGACGUUAACUACUGUUCAAGUUAAAAAGGAACCUGAUGGAAAAGUAGAUUCUUUGGAUGCUGACGAGAAGGAGAAGGAGAAAGAAAAAUGUUCAGAGGUUCAUGAUCUCACAGUUACUUGCACGCCAAGUUUUGAAAACGUUUCAAAAACAUCACAAAAUGAAAAGCAUUACUCAAACAAUAAAAUUAUUAGUAUUUCAGUAGAACAGUGCCAAACUAAUAAUGUAGGUUCAGUGAAUUGUGUGUCAGAAGAAAGCAGUGUAGACAAAUUAAAAAAGCCUAAACCGAUAACAAACAGAAAGAGGAGUAAUAAAAGCACGGAUAGCGAGGAAAGUUAUAAAUAUAAUUUUAAACGUACAAAAUUCCCAGAAAUCGACCAUGAAGACCGCGAAAGAACAGUUAGCGAUUACGUGGAAAAAGCGAGUGGAUCCAGCCUGGAAGAAUUACAAAUGAAUACGGAAAAACUUCAGCAAGAAAUACACAGUUUAAGUGCUUUAGCGAGAGCAAAAGAACUAGAAUGGAAUGAUAUUAUACGAUUGAAAAAGGUGAAAGAAGAGAUUUAUUUGAGAUUAGUUAGAAGAAAACAGGUAAUGCUUCUGUCGAUGGGAGGACCCGGUCGCACGUCCGACCCCGCAAAUUGGGAGUUUGCUUCGGAUCAUCGAAUGGCAGAAUUUGUGGGAAGCGAUGAAGUUACUUUUAACCGAGUGGCUCCUUCUGUAUCGCCUAAACCUCCUCCACGCCUCCCAUCUAAUUUAACCAUAACCAAAAGCCAAAGUAGUCCAAGUCAAAAUUUGCAAAGGUUCCUAAUGCAACCCCAAGGUGCCUCCGAUCAUCCCAAGCCAAACACUUCACUUAUGAUGGUGCCUAUCGUGUCCUCCACUCCUAUUUCUAUAUCUUCCUCUUCAUCUUAUUUGCCGCGCUCUCACGUGGGAACGCCGCUAAAAAUUCCCGUACCGGAUCGUGAUAAGUUAAAAUCUGCUAAUAAUCGUAAUGUUCCCGUACCAAUUUUACCCAAGCCAAAUCAAAAUGUUAACCAUGUUGUAAAUAAUCACAGUCCACCGAUCGGUAGACAGGGACCUAUCGUAGAUGUUAAAUCAAUAAUUGCAGACUAUCGUCAGAAUCAUCCUGAGCAAGUGCCACGAAGGGGGCGACGUCCCAAAGGACAACCCUCGCAAAAUUUUGCUGAAACAAUGGUGUCUUCCGGGCGGGGAGUCCUUAGCAUGUCCUCUCUGGCUUUAGGUUCGGGAGCUCAGGUUCGAACGAUGAAUUCCAAUCCAGAGCUCGUACCGGGUUCGAUGGGUCAAAAUGCCCAAGAUACAUCUCGUCCUUCGAGUACGGAUUCCAAUCGGAGUGCAUCAAACGCUCCGACCGAGAUAGCAUCAGCAAGCGGAGUCAGCUUCAAAGAUGUCCUAGUCCAAUUUGCAAAAAUGUCACAACACCAACAGGGAGACAGGAGAAAUUCAACACCUUCAAAUAAAUCUCAGGCUUUGUCAAAAGCGCCUCCCUAUCCAGAAGUGACACUACAUCCAGUAUUACCCGCAGGCGCACAAUCACCGCCCAAUCCUUCAUCGUCUCUAUUGCAUGGUAUUCUAACGAAAAACAACGGAAACGUCGGCGCACGCGGAGAAAGUCAAGGAAAUUCAAAGAGUACUAGUUUUUCGCCGACAUUGGCUAGACUCCUCACGACUCCCGAUAGAUCUUCGCUGUCUACAACCAUCACUACUGCUCUCAGAGGAAGUAGUACAAAUACGACUGCGUCCAGAUUGGCUUCCGGUCCCGUAUCGAUUGCCGAUUUAUUAUCUACCUCAAAGAAUAGAAACGAACUCACAAUAACUCCAAUUAUUUCUAAUCUACAGCCUGCAAAAAUAAAAGAGGAUGUUGGAAACGCAUCGGAUGAAGAUCCUGAUGAUAAUGCGGAUAGACUAGUCAUUGAUGAAUCUGAAGAGCAAGAAGUUAGAGGAGAAGAUGAAGAAGAAAUAGAUAGCGAAACGGUACCCGAAUGUCAAGGGUGUCACAUGAAAUCGGCGCAAUUCGUUUGCGCAGGUUGCGGAAAUCAAUGGUAUUGCAGCAGAAAUUGCCAGGUCACCGCUUGGGACGAACAUUCCGAGGUUUGCUCCGGUUAA